AUCGGUUAUUAUAGUUCGUGAAUUUUUAGAAAAACAAGAUCUAUAUAAUAUUCCUUGUCCAUCUUCAUUACUAGGAAUUUAUAUUGUACAAUCAUAUUCAGAUUUGAAAUCGUGGCCAUUAAAAACUGUUAUCAGAAAGUAUGUGAAGUUGCCAUACGAAAAUGACAAAUAUGCAAUUUUAUCCAUUGAUACAUACCAAUAUAUAAUGUUUUGAAAUAGAAUGGCCAGCACGUUGAAUAUGUACACCGUUGUCGAAUUUGAAGAUGGACUUUCAGUAGUGCCAAAGAAUUGGUUGACUAAAGACCUAACGAAAGCCUUUUGGCCUAAUUACACUAGUACUACUAGACAUGAUAAAGCGGCAAAAGUAAUGGAGGAGCCGGAUUCUACAUGGUCAAUAUGUCCUAUCCGAAAAAUAUAUGGAACAUAUUUGAAUUAUGCAGUGGCAAGACAAAAGUUAAAACAAGCCGAAGAAGAGUCUGAUCUUACUUCUAACACUGAAAAAGAAGAAUAUCUUAAAAAAUCUCGAAAAAAUAGAGCCGCUAAAGUUAUGGACACAUCUAUGAGUAGCAAUGAUGAGUUGUCAGAUGACAGUUUUAUAUCUGAGAUUCCAAAAGUACCAAAAAUGUCCAAAACUAUGAUUAAGAGAUCUCUUAAUGAUAUCAAGCAAUCAUCAAAAGAUUCACAAGAAAAUCUACGAAAACAAAAUUGUACCACAGAGGAAUUGUGUGAGGAUGAUGACAAUGUUAAUAAUCACGUUCCAUCAAUGUCACAGAAGACGAAAGUACCAGAACCAAACUACGAUUGUGAACAAA